UUGCAAGAAAGCUCCUAUUUAUUUCGCAAGUUCGAUAGGGAAUUUACGACCAAGGUUCCAAUCGCGGCAAGAUGGAGGCAGAAAAAAUAUUGAAGCAAAAUGUAGAGGAUAUACAGAAACAGCUGGGGAAAAAGCAAACGUUCGAAUCAGGAGCAGCAGCGCUGGCAUUGAUGUUGCGCAACCACUAUGCCACUGCAUCUCCACCCCUGCAGCACACGAUGUAUACUGCAGUUUGCAGGGUGGCGACACUUCUGCAGACAAGAUAUGUUGCUCCUGGCUUUUGGAUUACUGGAAUGAAGGUCUUUGAAGAAGCUGAUAAGUUGGUUAGUAAACCUGCUGAAAAGGAUCACAUCAAGACAUGUAUUAGUAGGGCAAAGGAACAUUUGCAGCAGACUGAUUACACAGAAGAGGCCUCAGCAUAUCCACCACAGAAUGCAGAUUCAAGAUUCCUUUUUGAGGGGCAGUUGACUGUUGGGACAGAGCCGCCACCACCUAGAUGGCUUGCUGCUCAAAAUUUUUUAACAGCUUUUGCCAUGGGAAAUCAAGCAAGUAGUACAACAGUUGGGUCAUCUGAAGCAAGCACCCAAGAUGUCAAUGCACCUGAGAGCAUUGAAGAGGAUUUAAUUCGAAACAUUUUUGAGCAAGCGGCAAACAUUGAAAAUGAUCUGGAAAGCGCCAUUGAAGCUGCUUUACAGGAUGUUGGCCAUGGACCUCAGCGAGUACCUCCAGCAUCAAAGGAAGUGGUUGCAAAAUUGCCAAUCAUAGAUGUUACGGAGGAGGUUUUGGUAAAAUUAGGGAAAGACACAGAAUGUGCAGUGUGUCGAGAGCACUUAAUCAAUGGUGACAAGAUGCAAGAGCUGCCUUGCAAGCACUUGUUUCACCCUGAUUGCCUCAAGCCAUGGCUGGAUGAGCAUAAUUCAUGUCCCAUAUGUAGGCAUGAACUGCAGACCGACGACCACGAGUAUGAAUCAAGAAAAGAACGCGAAAAGGAGGCUGAGGAAGAAAGGAAGGGUGCUGCAAAUGCUAUUCGUGGAGGAGAAUAUAUGUAUGUCUGAGGGGAAUGACAAUGUAAAUUACGAAGUUAGUAUGCUUGUAUACUCAAUUUUUUAAAUAAUCACCUCUUCUUAUUGAAGACAGGAAGGGACAGUUCAUGUCGAAAAUAUAUGUGCAUGACACGUGUACUGUUACUGAACAAAAUGUUCUUAAGAUUAAUUGAAAUACAAUUUCUUUAAAA